UGUCCUCAACAAAUUCUACUAAUUUUUAAAAGUUUCGAUCAUUGUCUGCGACGCUCAGCAAAUUUGAAUAAUAAUCGAAACUAUAAUAUACAUAUGUAAUUAUAUGGUCAUGAUGUUGGCAUUGAGCUGUCGUAGAUUCAUACAAAAUGCAAGGACCCUUCAAGUGUGGAUUUGUGAUUACCAAACAACCAGGCCUAUGUCUUGGUAUGUUCUAAAUAAUUUGCGAGAUUCUUCUUCCAUUGCUCCAAGGACAAUCCGGAAAACAAAAAAGAGCCCCAAACCACGCAAACAAAAAACGGAAAAUAAUUUAGCUCAUCCUCAGUGGAAUACAAAAGACUGGUUAAUCGAGUGCAAAAGACCUGAAUACAAUUUCCCAAAGGGUGCCGAUGGAAAGGUUGGUGAAGAAACUAAGUUAGCCAGCCAUGCUUGGUUUAACCGGCAUUCCAAUGGUGAUUACUUCACAAUUCAUCCUACAGAAAAGCCAAGUGAUGUACAAAGUUUCGUAAGCGAAGGAUUCGACAAGCUUGGCCUUCGCCCUGAAAUUGUUUCGGCGGUCAAUGACGCAGGAUUUCAGCACCCCACCCUAGUCCAAUGCAAAAGUGUUCAACCCUUGUUGGCCGGAAGGAACACAGUGAUUGCUGCUGAGACUGGAUGUGGCAAAACCUUGGCUUACCUUUUACCUGUAAUGCAGCAAGUGCUCGAAUGGAAGCAACACUUCCCUAACAACAUAAACACACCCUUGGCGUUGAUACUGACUCCAAACAGAGAAUUAGUGCACCAAACAUAUGGCGUAGCAAAGCGUCUGGCUGAAAAUCUUUCUCUGACUCCGUUCAAGAUGACUGGUGGGAAAACUAAAAGGAUGAUCCAAGCUGCUAAAUUUGACCCAAUGGAUAUCUUGAUUGCUACUCCGUCGGUUGUCAACAAGCUCACUGCAACUAAAAUCUUGGAUCUCACUAAUGUGCGUCAUGUCGUGAUGGAUGAGGCUGACACGCUGUUGGACGACAGCUUCAACUGGUACAUCAAGGCGUUCUUGAGGAAAAUCUCAAUUUACUUCCAAAGUGUGCGUAAGCCUGGGAGUGAACCAGAAGGCGCCCAACUCACUUUGGCCAGUGCUACGAUGCCUCAGGAUGUAGCACCCAUUUUGUCUGAUUUUCUCGAGGAGGACUCUUUUGAAAUGGUCGUCACUCCUGGUUUGCACAAGUUAAUGCCUCAAGUAAAGCAAACCUUUAUGCGAAUGGGAAAAAUUCACAAAGCGGAACAGUUGCUGAAAACAGUCAAGCAGUUGCAGGCCAGCAAAACUCCCACUUUAAUUUUUAGUAACAAGACGGCGACAAGCAGAUUCAUCACGCUCUUUCUGAAGGAACACAACGUAGACGCACCUUGUUUCUUUGCUGAUAUGCGUGCUGAAUUCAGACAAGAAACUUUUAACAAGUUUCAAUCUGGACAGUCUACUUUUCUGUCGACAACAGAUAUUGCCUCCAGAGGACUAGAUACGUUAAAGGCGCAAGUUAUUCUGAACUACGACUUCCCUGUGUACAUGGCCGACUACCUCCAUAGAUGUGGCAGAGUUGGCAGAAUCGGAAGUGACGUCGAUGGAAGAGUCAUCAGUUUCGUAAACGGCCCAGCGGAAAUUAAAAACGUUCAAGCUAUUGAGAGAUCAACACGGACUAAGGAGCCUUUGCCAAAUGUCAACGGUAACAUCAAAAAGCUGAUUCAAAGAUUUGAAGAUGCAAUGGAUGAAAAGGAGAUCAAUGAAGAAAUUAGACGGAUGGCUUAUUAAAAUAACUAUUAUUUAUAAAAGGAGAUGGACCGUUAGUAGCUUUUGUCUCUUGGAACAUCUUCAGGUCAGCGCAGAAAAGAACCUAAAAGAAAGCGUUCAAGUGAAGGAAAGUGGUUGUUAGGUUCAAUUUACAGUGUGGGCCCAGCCUGCUAGUGGUCCAUAAAGCUUUUGAAAGUGGCCAGUGAUUUCAUCGUACACUUUGCCUGUCACGGUCUUGUUCUUCUUCAAGUGAGGCAGGUACCAGUUGGCGGCAAUUUGAAACACGUGCGUGUCAACCGGAACAGCUUGGAGGUGGCCAAGCGACAUCAGGCAAAUGCAGUCUGCAACCUUGAAUGGGAGUCGAUAAAAAAAUUAAAUUCUCGCGCCUGAAAAUACCUUAGACCAAUUCCUGGCAGAGUGAUCAGUUCUUGCUUCGCUUCAGGGUAGUCCAUCUUGGUCAGGCUAAAAAGCCACUCCUCACCGCCGUUGGCAACAAUCUUUUCAGCGGAUUUUUGAAUGAAUGGUGCUCGAUAGCCGAAUCCAUUUGCUCGAAGCUUGCUCUCGACGCCUGGCUGAGCCAAGCGUUCAACUUUAGGGAAACUGUAAUAAUCUUGGCCUUCAACUUGGCAUAUUUUGUCGCCGUAAAACUUGCAUAGAUUUUCAACCAUGCUGCUGAUUCUGGAAAUAAAUUAUUUUAAUAAAUGGACUCAUCAUUCGUUUUUAAAAAAAA